GUUGUGUUUGAAAAGAAUCAUUUUUCCAGAAACCUUCAUGUCCAAAUGUGGCCAUGCCUUGGCCAAAGCCAGCCGGCAGCGGUGUUCAGCUUGCCAAAGAGCUUCGCAAUCGUCAGAUCAACCUCUCCCGACCUGAAGUUGAGGGAUUGCUCACAGCUUUGAGUCGUGCUCAACAAGGCUUGGCCGUUUUAGGUGCCAACAAGGAUUCAGAAGCUGUUGGAGAUGCAUUCGAAGACAUCGAGGUUCUGCUGCAGCAGGCCAGUUCCCGGAGCCGAUCCAAACCGAUGAGUGAACUGGUUGAGUUGGGGGACCUCUCGACGCUUCGAGAAGAGGCCUUGGAGGCUUUUCGUCACCAGGAGAAGAUGUCUCUCAAUGAAGCUUUGGAGCAGGGCGCUGUGACUUGUCGCCGUAGAAACUGCAAACGACGCCACGACAAUACGACCUCAGGGAUCUUGGGUUUAGGUUUCUGCAGUGUGCAAUGUGCUGCCAGAGAAAAUGAGAAGCAGCAAAAGCUCCUCGAGAAAUACACAGAUGAAGAUGGCAUGUUGCAUCCUGAAGGUCUUAGUGAACUAGACUUGUCCUGGAUCACACAGUAUGCCGUCGGAAUGGUUGGCGGGAUGGCACGAUUGAGACUACUGGUCUUCAACGAGGACAUUGCAUUUCGUCUAACCUUCGAGCAUUGUGCACGGCAAGUUGAGGAGAUGGCAGGAUCUUCUUUGGAUGGAGUGCGGAAUUUUUUCCGAGCUGAACAAGAGAGGCGGAAUGCUUCAUCAACUCAGACCACUCGAGACCUGCAGCUAAACUACCAGGCAGCACACAAAGUUUUUCCGGCGGCUUGGAGCAUUGUACAAGCGGCUGCAGGGGAUGCUGGCUUGCCCAAAGAUCCACCUGCAGUCAUGUUCGCUUUUGCCAAUGCUGGACAGAUCAUGAGACGGACUGCGUGUGAUGCCACUGAUCGUGUGUCCAUCAAGGACUACAGCAAGACAUUAGACUUUCUGCGCUUCAGCAUCAUUGUUCCAGAGGAAGAUGUCUGGCAAAUGUGUGAAGUGUAUGAGCGGUUGAUCGCCAGGGGCAUUAUUACGCUACGUGUUGCCAGCAAGCUUGCACCGAAAGCAUACUAUGGAGAGCACUCCAUGUAUGUGCUGAUAAAUUGCAAGCUGCAAAGCACUGGACACAUUUUCGAGAUCCGAUUGUGCUUCCGCUGCUUCCACCACUUGGAACGGAGUUUGCGCUGGAUGUGUGACUGGCGGCAGCUCCUGAGACCAAAGCACCACUUCCUGCCGGGUGAGGAAAAUCACUACAAGGGACAGGUGUGCGACAAGGAUGGAGAAGUCAGCGAAGUCGAAGCGGUCACGCCCAAGUCUGAGCUACCAGGCAAGCCGCAUGGGGAAGGUCAGAUGUUCUAUGCCGAUAGUGGGGACCUGUAUGAAGGUCAGUGGCAACAUGGCAAGAAGCAUGGCCGUGGUUGUCAGCAAUACGCAACAGGUGAUACCUAUCAAGGCAACUACGUGAACAACAAAAAACAUGGCCAAGGAGUCUAUCGCUACGCAGAUGGCGAUUGCCAUGAGGGCCAAUAUUUUGAAGGUCGAAAGCAUGGGCCCGGUUUGUAUUGGUAUUCUGACGGCCGCCUUCUCAUGUCGACAUAUGACCAAGAUGAGCAGACAGGUCCUGGUAUUGUGUGGAGUGCUAAUGGUAGCCAAGCAUGGCUCACAGAGUCGGGAACACAAGUUGCCGAUUUGGAUCUUCAUACUGCAGAAGAAAAGGCCAAGAAGCUGGGCUUUGAGCCUCUGACAUUGCUUGGAGGUUUGAUGUAACUGUCUUCAGUCUUCAGAGCAUGCGGCUUUGUCAAUGCUGCAAGAUCAGUUCGUGACCUGGGUGGCAUUGAGCAAUAUUUUUGCAUUUGUUCAGUCUCGAAAGGAUUCUGAACGAUCCCGAAAUCGAAGCAGCCUGGACACAAUUUGCAGCCAAGGGCAGUGUGUUACAUGUCAUCCUCUACUUAGUGAGGACGGGAAUACCAGUGCGGUUCAGUGAAUUUACCUCAGACCCGCAAGCCGUGGAGAGUUGUCAAAGUGCAGCCACUCUUUCUUUUCUUUGGCCAAGCCAAUAGAAAAGCCGAGCAUGUUGUCUCAAGCAAAAA